AUGUCGCCCAAAGUGUUAGCUCGAGAUAUGUCCGAAAGGUCGUAUAUUGUCGAAUGCCUUUCGCCUAUACUUCGGUCUUUCAGGAAUGCAUUUCCCGAAAUUAGAUACGAUUGGAUUGAGAAAGAUGUUAAAUCCUUAAGGGACGCGAGCAAUAUGUUUGCAAUUAACGUAAGGACCCGAAAAACUGAUCUUUUGGUUUUGAGGCUAUCGGACGCAACAGAAAUUUUACAUGUUGAAGUUUCUGGACCACCUUAUAAACUGGACAAGAAACACACGGUCAGGGAUGCCAAAAAGUUGCUCAUGAUGGGCGUUUGUAAUUUAUGCAGGAUACUGGCAAAUAAUUUCGAUUGUCCGAUUGAUGAUGCUAAGAAAGUUAAAUCUUAUAGCAUUCAGGCAAUCGGGGAUCGAUUAACAUUGUUUGCCGUAUCACUUGUAAACAAGAAAAAAUAUUUGGCCAUCGAAUUGGCUUCGUGCAUAAUCCCCUUUUCGUUUGAAGCAAUAGGAUGCUACACAAAAAUCUUUAAUUUUUUUGCGAUCAUAAGGAAUGAGUUUAUUGAACAAGAAAAACUGCUAAAAAGAAUUCGUUCUUUUAUGCCCUCGGUUGAUGAUGAUACCAGUGACCUACGAGAGUGGAUACAUUUACCAGAUGAUAAUCUAAUACCCGUAACGGAAGGGGAAAUGGAUGAACUCUUUUUAAAUGAUACUUAG